AUGGAAACAACUACCAAAAAGCUUGGUGAGUGAAGUCCAUUCUCCGACAACCCUGGCCAUAAGGAUGCUAUUACCUCGCCAUCAAACCCAUUCUCUGGAAGCACUGCACAGUUUGGAUAAAAUAUUCGCUUCCCAACACACAGUGUUCACGUUCCUGGCAAUGCUUACCCGAUAACUCGCCUAUUUUGUGUUCGUAACUCUUCUUGACUCUAACAGACAUUUCUGUUCACAAACAUAGAUUUUCGUAUUCAGUAUAUGUUUUUUUAUAUUUACACUACUUUUGACAGCGCUUUGCUAUGAUGAAAAUGGUGAUAGGCUGCACACCAUGACUAAGAAAGGCAAGCCCAAAAGUACACAUGACGUGUGUGUUCUGUCCACUGGCAGGUCCGUUCUUAUAUUAUUCAAUCUAAGGCAAGCCUCUUGACCACUAAGUAAGGGCUGCCAUCUUUUACUCUAUCCAGCAUUCCCACUCGAGGUCUUCCAGGUGGUCUCUUUCCUAUUAUUCUUCCCUCAAUAGCUAAUGGGACAAGAUCAAUAUGCUGCUAGGUGUGACAAAGCCAGACUCUCUGUCUUCUAUUGAUAACAGAUAUGAUGGCCCUCUGCUCACUUCUUCGUCAGACUUUGUCAUACCAAGAAAUGUUUCAGACCUUCCACCAAAGCCACAUCCAACUGUUAAAUAACUAUGUAUCACAUGCUUCGUUGCACCAAACUGUUAUUACCAUAUUAUCACAAGGACCUUUGUAUACUUUACACAUUUACACACCUUUUACAUAUUUAGUGAUUGCAAUGCAUUAAAUAUUCAGUUUAGGACAUGUAACAGAGACGUUAACAUGGUGGCAGCAGUUGGUUUUUUCCUCCUCCCUCACAGCAUUUAGAUGGCGUAACGAUUUAAAUCUAUUGGCAACCAUGGCUUUAAACACUCCUUUUCCAGAUUUUAAAACAACAGGAGAUGACAAACACGACAUUGAGGUAUACAUCAAAGAUCCGACGGACUACUGCAUCAUGCAAAACUGGUUCGAUCUGUCGAAGGAGACAGCGACUGCAAAAUGGACAAAACCUGAGAAAGUGAUGGCAUGUCUUCGGGUGUCACUGUCCCCUGCGAGCAGAGUGGUCUACAAAUACAGUUUAGGGCUUUGA